GCGGCAGGAAACCUUGUGUAUUACCGUUUCGGCAGGCAGCAAGUAGCACCAACUCCUCAAGACCUCCAGCAAAAAUGUCGAAACGCGGUUAGUAUCUUUCCGAAUGGUCAAGAUUCAUGUCUUCGAGACAAGACCAUCCUAACGAACUCAUGCCACAGGUUCGGGUGCCUCUGGAAACAAAUUCCGCAUGACCCUUGGUCUGCCCACGGGUGCCGUCCUCAAUUGCGCAGACAACAGCGGCGCGAAGUCGCUCUUCGUUAUUGAGCCCUACGGCACUGGCUCCCACCUGAACCGACUUCCCGAUGCCGGUGUUGGCGAUAUGUUUGUUGCGUCCGUCAAGAAGGGAAAGCCCGAAUUGAGGAAAAAGACGAUGCCCGCCGUUGUUAUCCGUCAACGCAAGGCAUGGCGUCGACGAGACGGUGUCUUCCUCUACUUCGAGGACAACGCUGGUGUCAUUGUUAACCCUAAGGGUGAAAUGAAGGGAUCUGCGAUCACCGGACCAGUCGCAAAAGAAUGCGCGGAUCUCUGGCCGCGUAUCGCAUCGAAUGCAGGCACUGUCGUAUGAGCACAUCUUUUAUCCUGUUUUUCCAUGUUUGUAUUGCGUAUAUGACACUGAAUGCAUCUUCCACGCUAUGUCUCUCGGUUUCUCUUUGUAUCCGGUCAUAUUGGGUUCUGAUUGAACUGUGUGCAUUAUCGGCUUGAACGUUCUUCGCCCAUGCGGACUCAUCAAGCUCAGUCAUACCAGUGAGAGCAAUACCAACCGGUGCUAACAC